AUCCUCUAUAAAACUAUAACAAGAAUUUGAUCAUAGAUAACACCAAAACCAUCAAUUCCUUCACAAUGGCUAAUGGUGUUACUACCCAACCACCAGCUGAAGCCAGGCCAGCCCACUCAAAUCUGCUUCGAGUCAUUGCUAUCGUGAUACUAGCCCUGAUAGUCCUCGUGGGUCUAGCUGUGCUAAUCACUUGGCUAGUAAUCAAGCCUAAACAGCUUGUUUACACCAUUGAAAAUGGUACAGUGAGUAACUUCAAACUCAACUACAACCACCUCAAUGCCUCAUUUGAUUUUGGGAUUAGGGUACGUAACCCUAAUAGAAGAAUCUCUGUAUACUACGAUUCUAUUGAUGUUUCUUUAUCUUAUGAUGAUCAAACCAUUGCCUUUAACACCCUGGAGCCAUUUCAUCAACCUAUGGGAAAUGUGACUCAACUGAAGGCAAAGAUUGAAGCUAGAGAUGUUGCAUUGUCUAAUGGCUUGUCUAGAGACCUGAGGCUCGAUAAAGCAUCAGGAAAGGUCCAGUUAGAUGUCAGGAUUCAGGCAAGAACUCGUUUCAAGGUUGGAAUAUGGAAGUCUAAGCAUAAAACUCUGAGAAUUUUAUGUCCCUCAGUGGUUGUGCACUUCACCUCUGCAAAGAUUGCCCAGAGGACUUACUGUGAUAUAGACUACUAAGUGUCAAUGUGAUUUAUGCAUAGGAAUAGCUAUUAUUAGUUAGUUAAUUAUCUAUAUUAUGCAUAGGAAUAGCUAUUAUUAGUUAGUUAAUUAUCUAUUAUCUCUUUUUGUUUUUUCUUCUAUCAUUUCUUUUUAAAUUUGCUUUCUCUUGAUUUUAUUGUUUUUCUUCUUUUU